AUGGAAAGGAAAGUGCAGGAAGAAUGGCUGUGCGAAUACUACAUCUUGAAUCACCAUUGUGGGAAACCAGCCUAUGUCUUUCUCGCGCCUGAUCGACAAACAAGGCUUAUCCCUGAUACGUUCUACUCCCAUGAGAAGCAGAGUAUUUCUGUUGCUCUGUGGGGGCAGAUGGCUAGGUGGUAUUAUCCCUAUCUGUCACCCGACCUUGGGGCCUUCCAGGCUUCGAUAAAGCGGGGGGCGCAGGGGGAGGCGAAGAAAGUGAAGUUGCGGGAGAGGCGUUCGCAGGCGCGAGCAGCCCGGCAGCGGGGAGGGAGGCUGGCGGCAGCCUCGGAUGCCCAGUGGAAGGGGGGAGAGGACGGGGAGGGGAGGGGGGAGAAGCCGCUCUUCUGUCACGUGACCGCGAGGGCGCCCCUGAGGGCCGCUCAAAAUGGCGGCGGCGGAAGUCUCCGCGGCAGCUUCCGGCAGCGCCCGCCGAGCCCCUAUUCGCAUGGAGGGAGCCGUCACCGCCAGCCGCGGCGGGGAGUGAGGUUCAGCGAGGAAGUGCUGGAGCUGUCGGUUGAUGGGGACGGGCGGCCGGUAAGGAAGCAGAGACGGGACAGGAUGAGAGCGGAGGCGGAGGGAAGCGAGGAAGCGCCGCGGGUCGCACCCUACAGCCUGCGCUCGGCCCCGCGGUAUCCUCCCACGCCGUUCAGGAUGAAGGAGAGGGAGGAGGAAGAGGAGCCGCGGAUGCUUGACUCGGCCAGCUCUUCGGAAGAUGACUCUUCCCCAACCAGACGCCAAAGAACCAAUAAAAGCUCAAAUGGCCGGACACGUUUGCAAGCAGGGCACAUAAGCACUGUAGGAAUUCCUGAUGACUCUGAACUUAUCCGACCGCCUAUUAGAAGAAGUCCAAGGAUAGGAUAUUCUUAUGAUCCAGGCAAGGAGUCUACACUGAACAAAACAGAAGGAGCAGCGACUAAAGAGAAAGAUGGGAGUGAGAGAAAACCAGAAGUUAAAGAUACUGUUCAUAAUUAUCAAACGACUCAGAGAUACCAUUCAAUAGAAGAAUCUCAAGCCUCUGUUCAAAAGCCCUAUGCGUUCGACCAAAAGGCAACUUUGAGAACUAGAGUACCAAGUAAAGCACACCCUCAAGUUCAAGCCAGCAUACUGAAGAAGCAUUCGGAAGCUGUUAAUAAAAGUUCUGCUGUACAACCUGCGGGACACUCUGUCUUCUGGAUUCUACUGUUUGUGGGCACUUGUGUUGCUGCUGGUGGGUGGUAUCUUUUGUACCCUCCAUCCCGUACUCCAGAAAUUGACCAAGCCCUGCCGGCAUUCAAAACCCAGAUGAGAAAGCUCAUGAGCAGCUACCCGAGUCAGGACAGCGAACUGUGGAAGAGAAUCCAGACCACUCUAGAGAAACGUCUCAACUCGUCGCAGCCUCGUUCGGAGCCUGCCAUCUUAUUGCUCACUGCUGCGAAAGAGGCUGAAGAUGCCCUUAAGUGUUUAAGCAACCAAAUUGCAGAUGCCUUCUCCUUUUCUCAGAGCACUGCUACAAUCAGAAUUGACGGGGCUGGCAAAGCCGCCCAGGACAGUGAUGCUGUGAAAUUGGCUGUAGAUGAAGAGCUGAGCUCCGGGUUCAGCGGAGGCAAAAAGGCCGCAGUGGUGCAUCGGUUCGAGUCACUGCCGGCAGGUUCCACCCUGAUAUUUUACAAGUACUGUGACCAUGAAAACGCAGCGUUUAAGGACGUAGCUCUAUUCUUGACUGUUCUGCUGGAGGAAGAGUCCCUCGGAAAGGGCCUCACUCUGCUACAAGUUGAGGAGAAAGUGAAAGAUUUCCUCUCCGAUAAGUUUACCAAUUCAGGCAUGCCAAGCUCUUAUAACCACAUGGACACAGACAAGCUCAGUGGGCUGUGGAGUCGCAUAUCCCACCAGGUCUUGCCUGUGUGGCCUGAAAGUACCCUCCCUCAGGAGAACUGUCUGCAGGUGAAAUAAAAAAAAGCGAGUCAGGUAGACAUCUGUUAGUGCCUGGAAAGGAAGAGUGGUUUCAACGUGUGCUUCUGAACAGCACAACGGCCAGUUUAGAGAUAGUAUAGGCUUUAUUCCUUGCCAGAGGAGGAGCUGAAAAUUAUGUGGAUAGAACUCGUAGUUCAUAGCAUGUGUCCUCACACUUCGCUCAGCAACAUCUGUGUGGCUCUUCCCCCAGUGGAGGGUCUUGGAUGUUGGCAGAAGGCUUCAUACUUUGCUGAGCUGAGUGAUAGGAUACGUGCCCAUGCAUCUGGCAAGUGGUUAUCCCUGUAAACGCUCACAGUCAGCAAUGGAGAAAAAGAAUUCUGGACACCUGGCUCCAGCUGUGUGUAAGGUUACCGUGAUCUCAUUGAAUCAUUUGGCUUCAAAGACCUUUUGGAGAAUAAUGUUACUAGGAACUGCAAGCUAGUGAAAGCUGUUAUAGCCCUGUAUCUGUUUCUUAUCUCCUUUCCCUUCUUGCAACUGACUAGAAAAAAAUUCAAAGACAAAACUUCCUGCAUCUAAGAACAACACUUGUCCUAUUCCAUUUUUUCCCCAGUCUGUCAAUUGACUAAGUUUCUUGUAGCUGCAGAUUUUCAUAAUAGUUUCUGUGUUGGCUAGAUCUGGUGGGAUAAUUGAGUUAUAAAGGAGAAUUUGACCAACCAAUCUAAUCAUUUGAAGGAAAAUUGCAGUCCAGUAUCUCCAUAAGCAGUAGAGGCAGAUUACCUUUCCUUUGGACCUGGGAUUGGGUACUGAAAUCUGGUACCUCCGAACUAAACAAGAUUAGAGGUAUAACGUGCUUCAAUCUCUGUUGGCCCAUUGCCGGUUUCUGUGACUGGUGAAUAUGGGAGAAUCUGAUAGAAAAGUGAUCCAGCUUUUUCUGAGGGUGUGUUUUGUGUUUCCUGUUUAAAAGUGAAAAGUCCAUGCCCAGAUGUUCCCCAGCCUUAUUAAGGCACCGGUGUCAAACUUGUGGCCCUCCAUAUGUUGUGGACUACAGUUUCCACCAUCCCCUGACAGCAUGAUGCUGUAGUCCAUAACAUCUGGAGGGCCGCGAGUUUGACACCUGUGGAUUAAGGCUUGGACUGAAAGUGGCUUUUUAUUCCUUUCUCAAAAUGCAUUCUAUGAAAAAGUCUUAUUAAAAGCAAAGAUUAUUUUAGCUAAGCACGAAAUGUUGGAGCCCACAGACACUUUUUGUUAGUAGUGACAUUUUUCCUCUGUAACAGGGUGCUUUUCCCUGGGUACAAGUAAAUUCUUUAAGCCUCUUGUGCUGGGGGAAGGUUCCUUGUACCCUAGGAAAGGGUUAGCAGAAGGGAUCCCAUGGUCUUAACCCUUAGCAUUGAAGCUAACUAGUUAUUGCAAUAAUCAAGCCACCGAACUCAUACGGUCUUGUUCCCCAUAAACAUGCAGAUGUUCGUAUCAAUACUACUUUGAUUUAUAAGACUCUUGUGUGGUUGACAGAUUUUGAGAGCCUCGAUUAAAAGUAGCUUUGCCAUGGGCUUAUCUUUCAACCUUCUGUAAAUACGCAUACUUUAAUGUGAAUUGUAAUAACAUGGAAACCUCAAAUCUUUGCUUCCUGGCAGUGAAGUCUUCGCAGCUGUCAUUCCACCAUUCUUACUGCAUUUUCAGGAAUUUUGAAAAGCUGCUGUUGCAUUUUGUAAGCAUGUCCGAGCCGUUGUUCUUUUUUAGCGACUCUCCGGCAUGUUGUCCUUUAUCACUGAGCAGUUGCUAUAAAUACAGCUUAAUAGUAAAACUCAGCCUGUCUCAUAAGCACUGGGGAAAAAAAACUCGUGGUUAUGUUCGAAAGAAUUUUUCUUCGCUUGAGGUUGUUUGCAUGUAGCCCAUCUGCACAUUCCUUAUGGCCAAUAAUAAUGCUUCCAUUGGUUACUUUUAAAUAGGCCGUUACUUUUAAAUGGCCUUACCAAUGACAACGAAGACUACUAUAUCAGGGUGUGGAAGUGUGGUAGCAGCCAUGACAUGGAAAUAUGAAUUGUGUUUUUAUAUAUAUAUAUAAGCAGAAUUUAAACCACUCUCAUAGUCAUGCCAGACAAAUGCUUUUUUAAUAACGCUGAUGUACAUCUGAAAAUUAUCAAGGAGGAAGUGGAUGACUUGUCAAAGCUAUUUUAAUAAUCAUUGAAUAAAUGUUGUAGUUUUGUAGUAA